AUGUCAGAAACUGAGCUGGAAAAGAUAAAAGUCAGAACAGCUGAGCAUUUUGAAAAUGACAAAAAUAACAUUUCUUGGUUGAAGGAAGGACCAUCCAGCUCAAUUCAAAGUCCUCUGGAAGACCCUGAUACGCAACUCACAAACGAAAAGCAGGCAGACGAGAAAGCCAUUAAUACCAUCAUUAUAAAUUCAGUAUCCGAAUUCAAAAUCACAGAUGGACCAGCCAAGGAAACCCCCAGUGAGAAAAAACUGUCCGAAUCCAGCAUAUCACUGUCCUCCCUUGAAGAAUGCCAAACGAAAUUUUCCUACCUCCAAACUCAUCCUUCAGUUCAUCCAAGAGACACUGAUGAGGACUGUGCCUCCCUCAUCCUCACCUGUCUGUUUUGCCAGUUUUUGGAUUGUCUCCUGAUGCUCCCGGAUACGUGUGAAACGGUGUGUACCAAUUUGUGCCGCCCCUCUCACAGGUAUCGCCACACCUCAGAUGAAAGCCACUCCCGGAAUGACUGCAACUGCAACUGUGACAUAGACUUCAGCCUUUUUGAAUCUUGCCAGGAGACCAGUGAGUGUCUGGAGCUGGCCAUGGAGAUUUCAGAAAUCUGCAUGGCGUUGCUCACAAACAUGUGCUUAAAUAUUCCCAUGGACAUCUUCACUGAAUAUAAAAAAGCACACGAUAUCAAUAACCGAACAAAGAACACAAAAGUAAAAUGGAGAGUUGAGGGAACGUUUUAUGAUUUAGGCAAACAACAAGAACAAAUUCCAAAAUACCUGUCUUUGCCUGACUUAGCUUCCCAUCAAAAGGCAUCGAACUGCUCUUGUCUUGUUCCUGAUAGCACAGAGCGUCCACGGUUAAUGCAGGCUUCAUCCCUGUUUGACUAUCAUGUUUUCCACGAAGUACAGAGCAUGUGA